AUGGGAAAAAAAUUGAAGAAAACCAAUAACCCGUACCCAAUAUCUUCAAUCGAUACCCCUCCAUCUACAUUUACAGAUUCCCUCCUCCUUCCAAAACUUAUCGUAUUCGAUCUCGAUUAUACAUUAUGGCCCUUCUGGGUAGAUACACAUGUUACACCUCCGAUCAAAGCAAAUUCUGAACAUUCUGCGACGACCGAUCGUUGGGGAGAAAGUUUUGCUUUCUAUAAUGAAGUCCCUUCCAUUCUCGCACAACUCAAAGAACAUGGCAUAAUGGUUGGAGCCGCGUCUCGCACAUCUGCUCCCGAUCUAGGAAGAGAAAUGUUAAGAUUACUUCAUGUUAUGGAUAUAGAUGGGAAGAAGAAGAAGGCGAUUGAAUACUUUGAUCAACUCGAAAUCUAUCCUGGAAGUAAGAUUACACAUUUUACGAAAUUACAAAAGAGUACGGGCAUAGCAUAUAAAGAUAUGUUAUUCUUUGAUGAUGAGGCAAGGAAUAGGAAUGUUGAAUCUUUGGGAGUCAAGAUGUGUUUGGUUAAAGAUGGUGUUAAUAAAGCAGAGAUCAAUCGAGGUGUCAAAGAAUGGAGACAAAUGCAUGGUCAUGAAAUGAAGGUAUCUGGUUCGGAGGAUAGGAUGGAAGGUUCUUCUACUGCUACAUAUAAUGAUGGAAUGGAUUAUGAUAACGAUGAAUAA